AUGGACGAGGAGGAUCGGUUUUCCGCCAGCUCGGCCGAGUCGGAGCGGGAGAAUGAGCAGGAUGAGGCGAUGGAGGACGUCGACGAGGCAAACAACGACAACGAGGCAGACGAGGACAACAUGGACGAAGAUGACGACGGCGACGACGACGGCGAGGUCGACAACGAGGUCGACGGCGACGACGCGGCUGACGACGGGCAAAACGCCGACGGCGAGACGAGGAUGAAGCCGAGCAAGUCUGCGAGCCCCGGCCCCCCGACGCCUCCGUCACGACCCAUGGUUCGACCCGAGGUGCUCACGGCGAAGCUCUACGACAUUGUGCCCACGAUGGCGGCGCCGCAGUCCACCAGCGUCAACGCCAUGGCCAUCACGCCCGACCUGCGAUACUGGAUAACCGGAGGCUCGGACGGGUACAUCCGCAAGUACGACGGCGCCGGCACCAUCAACGGCAAGCUCGCCUUGACGGUGGCGCAGAAGCACCCCUUCGUCGACAGCGUCACCAAGGCGGGCAUCCUCAUGUCUUACUGGGAGAACGAGGAGCCGUCGUCGUCGAGCCGCGGCGACCAGGAGCACGUGCUGUCGCCCGUCUACUCGCUCGCCGUCCACUCCGAGGCCCUCUGGCUCCUGUCCGGCCUGGAGUCGGGCGGCAUCAACCUGCAGAGCGUGCGGCACGACGAGGGGAAGAAGAUCUGCUGCCUGCAGCGGCACACCAACGCCGUGAGCGUGCUGACGCUCGCGCCCGACGAGACGAGCGUGCUGAGCGGCGGCUGGGACAAGAACAUGUUCGACUGGGACCUCAACACGGGCCAGACGAAGCGGAACUUUGACGGCUCCGGCGGUCAGAUAUCGUCCAUCGAGCUGCGGCCGGCGAGCGGCGUGGCCAUCCCGGCCGAGGCGGACGAGCCGAUGCCGUCGACGACCAUGACGUCGCACGACGGCCUGCCGCUGCUCAACGGCGGCUCGCACGACGAGGUCGACGGCGGCUCGGCGACGGGGUUCGAGGCCGACGCGUCCGCCGACGCGCGCGACGCCGAAGCCUCGCCUGCCCACGAGAGCCUGUUCGGGGGCAGCGACGCCGGCAGCCUGUUUGGCGAGACGGCAGGGGAGCAGCCCUUUGGGCACGACGACGACGGAUUCGGCACGAGCAUGGGCAUCAUGAGCGGGCACGAGGGCGGCAUGGACCACUCGGCCGACAUGGCCAUGGCCGGCAUGGAGGCCGAGGAGGGCGAGCCGGCACCGUCGACGCAGACGCAGACGCAGACGCAGCAGACGGAGCCGACGGAGACGGCGUCGGAGCCGACGCAGACGCAGCCGACGCAGACGCAGCCGACGCAGACGCAGCCGACGCAGACGCAGCCGACUCAGGACGAGAUGGAGGCUGGCGCCCGCGCGACGAGCGAGGGCCGAGGGGACGAGUCGCCACCCGCGCCGGUGACGACCGAGACGGGCCCGGCGGCGGCCCCUGCUUCCCCCUCGCACCGGCCGCCGGAGGAUUCGCGGCAGCAGGCGGGGGACGGGAAGGCGGCCGGGAGGUCCCCGUCGCCGGCCAUGGUGACGACCAACGCGCAGGCUCCGGCGCACUACGAUCCUUCGCGGUCGUCGACGACGACCUUUCUCUCGUCGGCCAUCGACGGCACCAUCCGGCUCUGGGACAGGCGGAUGGCGCAGCCGGCGGCACGCAUCGCCAACCGGCCGGGCGUGCCCCCGUGGUGCAUGAGCGCCUGCUGGAGCCCCGACGGCAACAUGGUGUACGCGGGGCGGCGCAACGGCACCGUCGAGGAGUUCGACGUCCGCAGGGCCAAGCGAGGCUGGGAGCCCGAGAGGGUGCUCAGGUUUCCCGCCGGCAGCGGCGCCGUGAGCGCCGUCAAGCCCAUGAUGAACGGCCGGCACCUCGUGUGCGCAUCUCACGACAUCCUGCGCCUCUACGACCUCCGAGACACGCGUGCGCUCAAGCACUCGACGGUGCCCUUCCUCAUCAUCCCGGGGCCGCCGCGGGCCGGCGUGAUAUCCGGCCUGGGGUGGGAGGGGACGAGCACCGAGGUGCUGAUUGGAUACGAGAUCAACGUCGUGAACGGCUAG